AUGAACCCUGUAUGGGAUUGGACGAAUUUUAGUGCCUUUGAUGGCACGUUGAACAGGCAAACACUCUUCGCGGUUGAGAACCCAGCAGACACCACCCCGGCUGCAAAGCUUAAGCGUCAAGCACAGACGUUCUAUGACUGGUUGGCAGUCAUUAGAGGCGAUGCAAGACUCACAGCUGUCUUUGGGGCAAGCAGGGAAAUGGCGGAAUUGGUUUUAGAUCAUUUCUUCCCGAACGGAGGUACUGCGCUACGAGUUUCUGACGAUGCUCAAGGCCAUGAUCCCACCAGACUUGCCGUUCCCCUGUCUUUGCCACUGGGGAACACAGGAAUCCAUGUCAACGUGAUAGAUGGUCCUUCUGCCUUGGCCUAUCUCUUCUCUAUCGCAGAGCCCCCUGAGGGGCAGGAGAUGACGCUUGACAAGUACUAUCUCCCGAUGCAGAUCCUUCUUAGCCGGUCCAUCUAUCUCGCCUUCAUGGGUUCCAUCACGACUGACCCUUUCGUCUAUGACCUGGACUCGGUACCCUGGAUGACUUGCCUCAUGUACCUUGAUGAUCCACAACCGACAGCUGUACCGCAGUAUGUGUUCGGAAGUACUUACACACCCGGCCUGGCCACGGAUGCAGACGAAAAUGCCUUGUAUAAUCCGAGGAUGCUUCUGCUUGACGACUAUCGCAAGGGUCAAAUGAAUGCUGCAUUGGCCAAUAUGGACCUGGCGGAGCUCCCUUUUGGCCUCUCCCCUGACGAGGUGGAAUGCUUUGCCACAAGGCUUUACAAGGACACCUUUAGACGACAAGCCGUCAAGCAAGCAGCUCAGGCUACCUUAGGAGUCUUGGGUCCCAUAUUUAGGACCCAGCGAGCUGCCCAAAAUCCUCCACCUGAAAUCCCCCAGGGUAUCGACCAAGAUCCGAUUGCGUAUGAUCAGCCGUGGGCCCUAACUUACUACAAGCAGUCCAUGGUGGACUUACUCGUCUCAGCCAUCUAUCAGGUUUAUGCUCUUUCCGCUCCCAUGACGGAUGAAACACUCUUUCCCAUGUUUCGACCCUUCCUGCGUCUGUGGCUGACUCCUCAUGUCUUGACCGUACCUCCACCGCCUGGCCAACCUUUUGAGUUAACCAUUGAUAACCCUAUCCAAAGCGCAGUGCUGGACGCAGCCUUGAACACAGCGGUGCGGACCUUUUGGGAGGCCACGGCUGCCACCUAUAUUGCACGGCUUCAAGCGAUCCAUACAGAGAUCAAGAAUCAGCCUCGGACCCGGAGAUACGGUCGAUGUGCAGAAACUUAUCCCUUCGCUGCCAUGACAUACCCCUUUUGGAAUGGCAAGCAACUGGAUGAUCAGGCUAGGAUUCAAGGAGUCUCGGUCGAUGUCCGCAAGGUUGGCAAAGUCAACUUUUCCCAGAACUUCACGGAUGUGGCGUUUGGUGAUGGUGAUCCGGAUAUUUGCACUGGCUUAUAUCGUAAACCAUGCCAGACCUGCCAGACUGCCUUUCCCAAGUUUCGGAUGGAUUUAGCGCACUAUGAGAUCCCAGUGGUAGCGAUCCCCCACGCCGUGGGAGUUGCAUGA